GUCGCCUCGUGACCUGCUGCAACCGCUAACUCUGAGGUCUCGCCGUGUGGACUCGGAGGUCCUGAGGUCCCCGGCCGCGAGGACGUCGCCAUGCCUAAAGCACCAAAGGGAAGAAGUGUAGGACAAGAAAAAAAAGUCAUCCAUCCAUAUAGUAGAAAAGCGGCUCAAAUUAUGAGAGAGGCCCACAAACAACAAAAAAAGGAAAAACUGAAGAAUGAAAAGGCGUUGCGUCUCAACCUUAUUGGUGAAAAACUGCAGUGGUUUCACACUCAUCUUGAUCCCCAAAAAGCAGCAUUUUCAAAGAGAGAUGCUUGUGAAUUAAUUGAAAGGUAUUUAAAUCGGUUCAGCGGCGAGCUGGAGCAGAUUGAGCUACACAACAGCAUCAAGUCGCGGCGGGGCCGGCGGCACUGCGCGCGGGAGGCGGCCGUCCUGCAGGCCGUGGGGCGGGAGCGGCAGCGGUUCGAGGGCUGCGGCCUUGAGAUUCCAGACAUUUUAAAUGCAGGUAAUCUGAAAACUUUUAGGGAAUGGGAUUUUGACCUGAAGAAAUUGCCAAACAUUAAAAUGAGAAAAGUCUGUGCUAAUGAUGCACUGCCUAAGAAGUGUAAGAAGAAAACUGUGACAGCUGUAGACAGAGAUUUAGGAGAACUGGAACUGAAAGAUGAAUCAGGUGACACAGAUGAGGAAAUGACUGCAGUGGCCUAAUUGUCUUUACUGGAGUCGAAAAUAAAUAAUUUGAGAACUU